AUGAAUGCAGUUGCUCCAAACCUAAUCAGUGGAAUUGCCUAUGUCACCAAUGCACAUGCACUUAAAGAUCUUUGGGAUGAAGCUGAGGCACUAGUGCCUAGUCCUGGUUGUGAUUGUGUUAAGUCUAGGGAUUUCAUUGUGUAUUUGCACAAACAAAAACUUUAUCAAUUUAUUAUGGGCUUGAAUGAUUCCUAUUCACACGCACGCAACCAAAUACUUAUGAUGAAGCCAGUACCCUCUGUAAAUCAAGCUUAUGCUAUGCUAGUUAGUGAUGAAAGUCAAAAAAAUGUAGCAGCCACAUCUGGCAUUCUAGGUCCUCUACCUAAUGUACAUGCUGGUCACUAUGAAUCUACAACAUUUUAUGGUUCUAAACCAACUGGAGGUCAGAAAUUCAGAAAAUAUUAUAACAUACAGUGUGAGUUUUGCAAGCUUAAGGGACAUAACAAAGAGAAUUGCUAUAAGAUCAUUAGCUAUCCACCUGACUUCAAAUACAAAAUGAAAGGGGGAGCACCUACCACUGCCAGAAAUACUUACAAUGUGUUUUCUGAGACUAACAAUGUUAUAAAGAAUUCCACAACCCAAAUGUGUGUGACUACAGGCUGUAUUCUAGAAGCAUCUCACAUGCACACUAUAGAGGGCAAUACUGCAGGUAUAAGUACUGCAUUCUUAGCUACUGAUAAUAUUCAAGAGUGGAUUAUUGACACAGGUGCAACUGAUCAUAUGGUCUCUGAUCUUAGCUUGUUAACCUCAUUUAAUACAGUUGAUCCUCCUUACUCUAAGAAGGUAACCUCAUUUAAUACAGUUGAUCCUCCUUACUCUAAGAAGGUAACCUCAUUUAAUACAGUUGAUCCUCCUUACUCUAAGAAGGUAUUCUUACCUAAUGGUGAUGUUUCAUAUGUUAAGCAUGUUGGUACUAGUGCUAUCUCAAACAAGAGUGUUAUCAAAAAUAUGCUUCAUAUACCACAAUUCAAAUUUAACUUGAUGUCUGUAUCAAAGUAUCUCUUCAGUGGGAGGGUGAAGACGAUUGGUAGAGAAGAUAAAGGUCUUUACAUAUUACCCUCUUGGAGCUCAUUAACUGACAAUAAGCAUACUGCAGAAACAUCACCAGCAGCCACACAGAAUAAUGAUAUGUUCACUAAGAGAACACCUACAAAUGUGGAUCUCAAGCUAUGGCACAACAGACUCGGUCAAGUGUCUUCCUCAGUUCUAAACAAACUAUUUUCAAUAAAGCAGGAGAGCUGUAUUUCUGUUGUAAAAGACUGUUCUGUUUGUCCAUGUGCUCGGCUGACUAGACUACCUUUUCCCAGUAGUACAAAUAAAAGUACAGCUUCCUUUGACUUACUACAUUUGGAUGUAUGGGGACCCUAUAACACUUUUGACAAACAGGUUAAGUAUGUUAGGACUGAUAAUGGAUCUGAAUUUGUUAAUUCUUUUUGGGGGCACUGUGUGUUGGCAACUGUUUAUCUCAUCAAUAGGAUAUCAUCCUCAAAGCUAGGUCAUAGGUCUCCUUAUGAGUUAUUAUACAGGAAGAAGCCUUUGCUUGGGCACCUCAGGGUCCUAGGUUGUCUGUGCUAUGCUAAGAAUUUCAAUGAGACUGAUAAGCUUCAACCGAAAGCUAUCAUUGUUGUUCACAUGGGCUACUCUUCUUCACAUAAGGGAUACAUUUUUCUUAACUUGUCAACUAACUCCUUUUUUGUUAACAGAGAUGUAACAUUCAGGGAGGAUAUCUUUCCAUUUCAACAAUUCUCCUCUCACAAACAGUUUGUGUUCCCUGAUACAUCUUCUUCUGUCUUACCACAUAUUACUGAUAAAUGGUAUGCUCAAGAUACUUCGGUAGGAUCCAACCAGAACUCUACUGCACAUGACUCUUCAGUCUUACCACAUGCAACCUCUUCCUCUCCUAGCAGCACUGACUCAAGUGCAAGCUCAUUACCAGCUGCUACAUCACUAGGUGUUGAUGUCUCUCAAGUUGGUUCUCCUGCCCUUAGGAGAUCAGCAAGAGACAAGCAUCCACCAUUAUGGACGAAGGACUUUGUUUCUCUUCAUGCCAAUCAAUACACUCCUUAUGGCCUAACAAUCUAUAUGUCCUAUGAUCACCUGUCUCCUCAUUAUCAGGCUUUCAUUGCCUCUUCCUCUUCUGAGGUUGAGCUUGUUUCUUAUGCUGAAGCAAUCAAGGACCCCAGAUGGGUAGCUUCUAUGAAGAUAAAGUACAAAGCAUCUGGUGAAAUUGACAGGUUCAAAGCCAGGCUAGUUACUAAAGGUUAUAACCAGAGGGAAGGCAUUGACUAUCAGGAGACUUUCUCUCUUGUUGUCAAGAUGGUUACAGUCAGAACAAUUCUUUCCAUUGCUGUUGUGCAACACUGGAACAUUCAUCAAAUGGAUGUGUCAAAUGCUUUUCUCCAAGGUGAACUUCAUGAUGAGAUCUACAUGGACUUGCCUCAGGGCUUUGUGAGUCAAGGGGAGCAGCAGAUAUACAGACUCAUCAAAUCCUUAUAUGGUCUCAAGCAGGCCCCUAGACAGUGA